AUGAACGGCAAUAGUCGCGAACAAUCCUCAUCCUCCGACCAACCACUCUCUACCUCACCUUUGCAGCCUGAUCAUGUCUAUCUUAGAGUGAUUUAUUUGGUCACAGGAGAUCCCAGGCCACCUCUCAACCUCGGACAGGUUGAUCUGGGCACCACGAUUCUGGCGUUGAAGAAUCGAAUUCAAAAUGAUCUUCCCGAACAUCCAACUCCUCUCGAACAACGUCUUAUCUAUCAAGGGCGACCGCUUCUGCGAAACGAGGCCACAUUGCGAGAGGUCCUCCGACUAGAGUCUGGCGCUGCGUCUGGUCCCCUACCAUAUACGAUCCAUAUCGUAAUCAAUCCCCGUUCAGAUGCGACGCCUCCGAGAGAUCCUCCCUCAACUACGCAUGGGCUACCUCCUCCGCCAGCUACCCGGCCGACAGAACGUGUCAACCCAUUCCGAGCCGUUGAAACAUCUGCCGCGAGGCUUCAAGAGUCGCUAGCUCGGAUUCAACAACAGAUUGAAGUGAACAGAGCCGAUCUGUUGGGUGUGCAACAGAGGAUAGGCCUCCAGCAUCACAAUAUACAUCACCACAUUGCCACUGGUCAGCCUCAUCACCAUGUCACCGUUGGACAACCUCUUCCGACUCAUGCACCAUUCCAGAUAGACGUGAAUGGUCAAGCCAUCUUUGCCGCGCCGACUCCUUUGCGUCUCAACGGCGGCCAGAACUUGGAGCAACCUGAUCGUGGUCUUCCGCAGGUGCCUUGGAUCCCAACCCAGAACGGUCGCGGUGCAGGUCAAACAGUGCCAUCAAUGUUUAGAAACCCUGCAGUACCUCCAUCUGUACCUCAACCUGUCCUGGCACCUCAGCCUAACGCGGCGGCCACAAGUACGAAUCCACAGCCGAAUGCUGAAGGAACUCAGGGACACCCAGUCUCUCAUGCGGCUGCUGGGCAACAGACCAACACAGGAUUGCCACCUACGCAGCCUGUUUCUGCAUCUGGACAUCAGCAGGUCCAUCAUAUGCAUCAGCAUCCGUUGUUGACUGCCGCACAGCGUGUAUCCAGCACGAUGCCGGAGCACCAUCAUCCACCUCACGUUCCUGUCCAAUUUCCAUCUCAGUUUGCACGGUCUUCAGUAGAAAAUCUUCUGCCAACAAAUGCCGUUGCUUGGAUAGUCUCGUCGCCGGCUGGCCCAGAGGCGUUGUUAUUCCAGCCCGGACAUGGUUUCUUCGCCACGACACAGCAACAAACACCUCAGCAAUCUGGUACUCAGUAUGCAUCACAGGGGCCGGCACCUGGUAAUCAACCUAUUGCGGUUGUACCACUCCAACCGGCAGAAGAAGAAGGCCCUGUGAACAUCAAUGUGCGGAUUGCACAGCCUAGGAGGAACCAUAUGCCGGCGGCACCAGCUCUGGCGCAAGUACGACGAAACGAGGCCGAUAAUGACUUGUUUGCUUUUUUGAUCCAGCGAGGCUGGCUAUUUCUGCGCCUAUAUCUUUUCAUGUUCGUCUUCUCCGAACCAGGAACCUGGAAACGGUGGCUUCUGAUUGUGACUGCGGCCAUUGUUUGUCUUCAGCCCAGGAACGGCCCAUUUGUACGGGCAUUGGCCGCCGCACGCCGGCAUCUGGACAACUUGAUUGCACCCCCAGCUCCACGACCUCAGCCCGCCCCUGCUGCCGAGGCACGACAGCAACCACAGGUUCAACCUCUCCAAAAUGCUGUCAAUGAGAUACCUGUUCUGCGCCCGGCUAAUGUCCGCGGCGCGGUCCAGAUCACUCCAGAAGAAGCUGCGGCACGACUCAAUCGACAGCAUCAUGACGGAUCCGCAAAUUCGUGGAGAGACACGUUUUACCGCAUUGAACAGAGUACAGCACUGUUUCUGGCAAGUUUGAUUCCAGGCGUGGGCGAGCGGCAUGUUCGGGCGAGGGAAGAGGCGAGAAGAGAAGCGGUCAGGCUUGAACAAGAAAGAAUACGUGCUGAACAAGAGGCUGCCACGCGUGCACAAGCGGAGAUUGCAGCGGAGCCUGCCUCUGGUGAGAAUAUGGACCACACCGUCGCUGCAACAGCUGAGGAGGCAAAAGCAAAUGGAUCUGCUGUUGCAACGGUCGACGGAUCCAUUGAGCAGAGUGCUUCGAGCUCUGUGCAAAUCCAUGAAGACACCGCAGAGGUCGAAGGGUUGCGGAAUCGGAACAUUUGA